AUGAUUUCCCGUAACCCUAGGCUAUGGAUCUCGCUGUUCCUUGCUGCCCUUGACAGCACCAUCAUUUCUACUGCACUCUUCUCAAUAUCCCAUAGUCUCCAUGGCAGUAGUGAGUCCGGUUGGGUGAUAACAUCCUAUCUUCUCACAUACAAUGCGUUUGUCCUUAUUCUAGCGAAGCUGAGUGAUAUUGUGGGCUUAAAGCACCUCAUCCUCCUUUCGAAUGCCAUUUUCCUUGUCUUUUCAAUUGCGUGCAGCGUUUCUCAGUCCAUGCAGCAACUGAUUGUCUUUCGGGCAUUUCAAGGAAUCGGCGCCUCCGGUCUGUACUGUCUGGUAUUCAUCGCCAUCCUACAGCUGAUCUCUCUUGAGAAGUCGGGGUUUUACUCCGGUAUUAUCAGUUCCGUAUUUGCCCUAUCCAACCUGCUGGGGCCGCUGUCUGGCGGCUUGAUCGUGGACCAUACAACCUGGAGAUGGAUCUUCUACCUCAAUAUUCCAUUAUCCGCAAUUUCAAUCUUGAUUCUUGGUUUUGCAAUGCCAGCGCCGCGAGACAGCCAGGGCAGUGAAAAAAGGAUGGCAAACUUCGAUAUCCCGGGGGCGAUUCUCUCCGUCUGCUGGCUCGUCCCGUUGCUGUUUGCCCUAGAGGAAGGCGGAUCUCAAUAUUCCUGGCACAGCAGUGUGAUUAUUGGAACCUUGACCGGUGGCAUUGUCGCUCUCAUCACUUUUCUUGUGUAUGAAGCCUGGCUGCAUAGGAAGCACGCAGCGAGAGAACCAAUAUUCCCCAUUGUGUUCCUUCGGGAUUCCCUGCAAGCCCUCUUAUUACUAAACAUUUUUCUAGCAGGGUUUGCCUUUUACACGGCGAUCAUUAUUCUCCCACAACGCUUCCAGGCCGUCAAUGGCCUUAGUGCUGCUAGAGCCGGGGUGCUCCUCCUCGCUAUGACACUGUGUCUCCCGCUAUUCUCAUUGAUCGCGGGAUUUGUGCUCGGGAAACGACCGCAAUGGACAAUGUUCGUCCUGGGGUUGGGCAAUAUUUUCAUACUGGCGGCCACUGCCUGCCUGAGCUGUUUGUCUAUCAAUCCAAGCGUCUCUGAUGCGCAGUACGGGUUCCAAGUGAUUAUGGGAGCUGGCCUUGGAAUCACCUCCACGGCGCAGUAUUUCGCUCUCAAGAUAAUAUUCCACCCGCGUGAUACCGCGGCCGCCACAGGUUCUAUGAAUAUGCUACGUGCGCUAGGGGGCUGCGUUGGACUAGCUAUCAACACGGCCAUGCUCAGUGCUCGUCUUUCAGCAGAACUCCCCUCGUCGCUAACCGCCGAGGAGGUAAUGCAAGAUCGGGCAUCCUGGGACCAACCAGGGAGCGGUCUGAGCACUACCGACCAAGACUUCAUUCGUCGCAUUUAUGGCAGGGGAUACAAUAGUGGUUUUGCUGUUAUGAUUGCUUUUGCCGGGGCGAAUGUCCUCGUCGCGGGACUGUUGGUAGUGGUAAACAAGCGACGCGGAGGGAUAGAGAAAUUACUCGCCGAGGCUCAAAGUCAUCAAAUAGCACAGUAG